AUGCGGCACGCUAUAGCGUCAGUAACUCAAUAUACCCUUAUUUCCUUUCAUUCUCUUAAAAUCACAUUUUUACGUGUGUGCUUUACCAAGGUCACUCACACCGAUCGCUCCGGCCGUAGAGUACCAGCCCAGGUGGUUCCCAAGCCGGGUCAACCGGGUGUCUAUGACGUGACCUACGUGCCCGACCAGGAGGGUCCCUGCCAGAUCGAGGUUAAGCAGGGUCAGGUACACGUUCCGCGGUCACCCUUCAUGCAGAAUGUGCUUCCGGUCUGCGAACCGAAUCGUGUGCGCGUCUCAGGCGAGGGUGUCAAACCAUCCAGACCGGAGGGUCUGCCAGCUGGCAAUCAGACAACCUUCCAAGUGGACACACGGGAAGCUGGCAGCGGAGACCUUGAACUCACAGUGACGGAUUCGGCACAACGACCCCUCCAACUGGAAGUUGCUGACCACGGAGACGGCGUGUACACAUGCGAGUACUGCCCAGAAGAGGCCGCGCCGCACUAUGUGGAUGUGAAAUUUGGUGGUCGUGAGAUCCCCGAGAGUCCAUUCUGCGUAAAAGUGCAUCCGACUGGUCGGCCGGACCUGUGCCGAAUCGAAGGGGAACACACUAUCUACGGUGCCGUCUCGAUUCGUGCGCAGUAA